UACCCAACUGAUAACUGCUACGCAUUGUACGGCAUCGGUUCUCCUGUCUUCCCACAAGACGUGUUUCAGAAUUUCCUCAACCGCACCUCUAGCAUCAAUAUCAUCGCUCCCUAUCUCAACCCCACCAGCUAUGCGCAAGCCAGUGGGCUGCCCAUGAUUAUGAUGGAGACAAACUCAGCAUCCUGUGGUGGCUUACCUGGGAUUAGUGAUACCUUUGGCGCGACUCUAUGGGCACUCGAUUAUGGCCUUCAGAUGGCUUAUAGCAACUUCUCAGGUGCAAUGAUGCACGUUGGUGGACAAGAUGUGUACUACAAUGUGAGUUGCGUCCCUCCGCAGUUGAAAGCAGCUGAGAGAAGGCCAUACUUACAUUUCUUUGUAGCACCUCCUCUGCAAGCCAACACCGAUAACAUGUUUACUCCUGCCUACGCAAUCUACGAAAAUGGUGCCCCCGUGCGGGAAGUACAACAUUAUGUGGGCAGGCCAGGUGAGUCCGGUUACCUUUUUUUUUUGGUUUACUCAUGUCCAUUUCAGACCUUUGGCGGAACCUUCCAGUCUGAUGGCCGCCUAACGGGCUCAGAAAGCGUGCAGACAAUUAACUGCGACCAGUCAUCCAAUACAUGUCAAGUGACUGUCCCUGCCCCUGGCGCCGCACUUGUCUUCCUCUCCUCCAACGCAUAUGCAGAGUCAGGGAACCCCUCGACCCAGACAUUCUCUACCACGGCGGUCACGAAGACAGUGAACACAGCGAGGAUUGACCCGAGUGUGCUGGCAACCUCGAAUGGGAUGUCAGGAGCCACAUGGGAGCUUGGGAGUACGAGCAAGGGGAACACUGGUGCCAGCCUGAGGAAUUCACUUUCAGUUGUUUCUAUUGUCGGUGCAGCUGUGCUGAGC